AUGAUCAAUCGCCAACAACCACUCUCGGUGAUGGAAAACACCGAGUACAACGACCUACCCACCCUCGACGCUGCAGACGCCGCUUUCACGAACCGCGACGAGGUUCUCAAGAAGCUCGCCCAGCUGCUCACGUCCCUCCCGGAGGAGUACAAGGGGUUAUACGCCAUCAGCCUCGUCCACCACCACUACGACCUCAACCCGGGCGAGAUAAUGGUCACCAACGACCGCAUCACCGCGCCAGAGCUCAUCGCAUCCAUGCAUGACUCCGCUAACGUCGUGCCCGAACGUUGGACUGCGGCGGGCAUGCCGUUCGAGUACGUCCGCCUCAAAGAGGGCGAAGUGGGCGUCCCGCCGCCUCCCGACUUCCUCCUCGAAGCCUUCCAGAAGAUCGUCGGGUCUCUCCCGCUUGGGCUUAUGGCCGCGCCUGACGUUCCACCUGGAAAGAUCGUCAAAGACUCUACUUUGGAUCCGGAGAAGCGGAGCCAGGUUUUGGAGGUUGUGGAUGAGGAUGUGUAUGGGGCUGAAUCGACGUCUGAGUUUUCGCCGUGUCGGAUGAUCACGGCUGCGUGGAAUGCUCGGGGCGAGGGCGAGGUGGUUUUUGUGGUUGCGUGUGGAGGGUGCCGGUGGCCUGUUGGUGGAAAGCCUACUUGUUGGUGA